AUGCACCAUACGAGGCACGCGGCUGCGACAGCAAAGGAAGCAGCGGCUGCCGCCUCUGCCACGGCCAAGCGGCCCAGGUCCCCAUCUCCACCCCCCCGCACGGACACCAUACCAGAGGCCGAUUAUGAUCUCUCUGGCAUGAGCCCAAACAGGAGGAGGCCGGAGGAAGAGGACGAAGAAGAGGAUGAGGACACGGAGACACUGGCGCAGAGGGUAGCAAAGAGGGCCAGAACCUCGACGGGCGACGAGCCCCCGACAAGCUCCUCAAGCGCGCCGGAGGGUUGCGGGGGAGGAGCGGCAACAGGAGGAGCUGCCAAGGGCAAUCGCCAACAUGCCUCCUCCAUCGACCACUACACCAGCCAGGGAGGGGUCCCCGGCAAGGGCUUCUACCGGCGAGCCCACGCCGCCAAGGGGGAGAUCCGCGGCAAGGCCCUCCCCGACAAACCUACUCGUGCGGAGGAGCCGGCAGGCACAGGCGCCGGCGGCGCCAUCCCGGCAAUGAACGUUGGGUGGGAGGGAACCACUCCUCCCCAACUUGUCGUAGACCUCACCUCGGCGGGCCAGAUGGACGUCGAUGGCAUUACUGAGGAAAUCGCCAAGGACGCCGCUGCUGAGGCCAACAAGGUCGCCGCUGACGAGGCUGCCAAGGAAGCACAUGAAGAGGCCGCCAGGGGAUCUACCAGGGAGGCCAGCAAGAGGACCGGUGAUCGUACUGAUGACUUCCCUGCCUCAGGAGUGCCUGGCACUACAUCAGUCCCGGAGCCCUCCGCUGCCUGGGCGACGGUGGCCGAGGACCAUCCGUCCACCUCGAAGCCCCCCACUCGAGCAGAUACCUGA